AUGCUCGGGCUCCUGGCGCUGCUGCUCCCACUGCUGCCGCCGCCCACGCGCGCCCGGGAGCCCUCCGCGCAGGACGUGAGCCUGGGCGUGGACUGGCUGACCCGCUAUGGCUACCUGCCGCCACCUCACCCUGCCCAGGCCCAGCUUCAGAGCCCUGAAAAGCUGCAGGAUGCGAUCAAAGUCAUGCAGAGGUUUGCGGGUCUGCCGGAGACAGGCGCCCUGGACCCCGUGACAGUGGCCACCAUGCAUAAGCCCCGCUGCUCCCUGCCCGAUGUGCUGGGGGCAGCGGGGCUGGUUAGACGGCGCCGCCGGUAUGCUCUGAGUGGCAGUGUGUGGAAGAAGCGAACCCUGACGUGGAGGGUAAACUCCUUUCCCCAGGGCUCCAUGCUGAGCCAGGAGACCGUGCGGACCCUCAUGCACCAUGCCUUGACAACCUGGGGCAUUGAGUCAGGCCUCGAAUUCCAGGAAGUGGGUUCUCAGGGCCUGUCGGAGCCUGACAUCCUCAUUGACUUUGCCCGGGCCUAUCACCAGGACAGUUACCCCUUCGAUGGGCAGGGGGGCACCCUGGCCCACGCCUUCUUCCCUGGGGAGCACCCCAUCUCUGGGGACACUCACUUUGACGAUGAGGAGACCUGGACUUUUGGGUCAAAAGACGGCGAGGGGAUGGACUUGUUUGCAGUGGCUGUUCAUGAGUUUGGCCACGCCCUGGGCCUGGGCCACUCCUCAGCGCCUGACUCCAUCAUGAGGCCCUUUUACCAGGGCCCGGUGGGCAACCCCACCGAGUACCGCCUGUCCCAGGACGACCGCGAAGGCCUGCAGCAGCUCUACGGGAAAGCACCCCAAACCCCAAAUGACAAGCCCACAAGGAAACCCCUGUCUCCUCCUCCCCCGCCCCCUGCCCUGCCCCCAGACAGCCCCUCCCAACCCGUUCCUAAUCGAUGUGAUGGCCAUUUUGACGCCAUCGCCAACAUCCGAGGCGAAACUUUCUUCUUCAAAGGCCCCUGGUUCUGGCGCCUCCAGCCCUCGGGACAGCUCGUGUCCCCGCGGCCCGCCCGGCUCCACCGCUUCUGGGAGGGGCUGCCGGCCCAGGUGAAGGUCAUCCAGGCCGCCUACGCCCGGCACCGGGACGGCAGGAUCCUCCUCUUCAGCGGCCCGCAGUUCUGGGUGUUCCAGGACCGGAAGCUAGAGGGCUCCGCGCGGCGGCUCACUGAGCUGGGGCUCCCCCCAGGGGUGGAGGUGGACGCCGUGUUCUCCUGGCCGCUGAACGGGAAGACCUACCUGAUCCGGGACCAGCAGUACUGGCGGUACGACGAGGCGGCGGCGCGCCCGGACCCCGGCUACCCGCGCGACCUGAGCCUCUGGGAGGGGGCGCCGCACGCCCCCGAUGAUGUCACUGUCAGCAACACAGGUGACACCUACUUCUUCAAGGGCGCCCACUACUGGCGCUUCCCCAAGGGCAGCGUCAAAGCCGAGCAGGACUCCCCGCAACCCAUGGGCCCUAAGUUCCUGGACUGCCCCGCCCCCAGCAUGGGCCCUCGCUCGCCCAGACCCCCCAAAGCGACCCUUAAGCCCGGAGCCUGCGAUUGUCAGUGCGAGAUCAAUCAGGCUGCAGGGCGGCCAUCCGUGCCCCUCCUGCUGCCUCUUCUGCCCCUGCUGGUGGGGGGCUUUGCCUCCCACUGAGGGGGGACCUGCAGCUGCAUGGAAGGGACCAGAUCUCUCACCGGGCUCCAUCGAGGGUAGUGCUGGUGGGAACUUCUGUCCAGGGGCGGAGCUCAGCAAGGAUGCAGCUGGGCGGAUGCAGGUGGAGUUAAGCCCAGGACAGGCAGAAAGGGUGAUCACAAAGGGCUGGCCCUGGACUGAAUGCCUCCUUUAUUUGUCCUCCUGGUCCUCUCCUCCUCCAUCUCCGUCUGGGUGCCACCCCUCAGGACUCUCCUUUUUCCAGAAUACCUAGCCUUUCUCAGAGCUCAGCAGGCUGACUCCCCGCAGCCCUGGCCCUGCCUGGCAACAGCAGCUGUCCCAAGCUGUUUGGGUCUUUACAGGACAGGCUUGCCUGGGACGCUGAACCCCAGGACGGCUCUCCACCUGCUGCUCUGACGUUUCUCACCCUGUCCUGCUUCCAUGAAGUCCCAGUCAAGGCACAUUGGUGGGGACCCCAAACCCAGCCCUGAGACCACCCCUGAGCACCCGUGUCCCAAGUCCUGGGUGACAUCAGUGGUCAGAUGGCUGAUACUCCACAAUCCGGCUUCCAUGCACCUUCUUUCUGGUCACCACCCUGGUUCCAGAAGUGCCCACAUUCAAUAGACACCCUCCUGUCCCUAAAACACCUCUCCCCCAUCCACACCUGAGCCUCUGCUGCCUCCUCCAGAACUGCUUGGUUCCCAUCAGCUCGAUGCUGGUGGAAAGACUGUGGCCUGGUCCCCUCUCAGUCCAGGGUCACUGGCUCCUCAGCACAACUGGGUGAUGGACGAGUAGGUGGAACCUGGGCCACAUCAUUGAUGCCCCCACCCCCCCAAAUUCAGGAUCUAAAUCAGUGCCUCUGCACCUAUGCUUUUGGAAUAUUCCACAACAGAAUGACUCAGGGAGGGAGGUCCUUGGUGUCCAGUGUUUGGGAUCCAUCACUUUCACUGCCAUUUCCUGGGUUAAAUCCCUGGUUGGGGAACUAAGAUCCCUCAAGCCCUGUGACAGGCCAAAAGAAAAAGAAAAAAAAAAAAGAAUGACCCAGGGAACUUAAAAAUGCAGAUUCCAUGUCCUUACUUUGAAUCCUCACUCUGGGGCUGGGGCCAGCAAUCUGCAUCUGAACAAGCUGGGGUAGUGGGUGGUGGUGGCCCUGAUGGGCAAUGGAGCUGGGCCAGCGCCUGCCAUCUCUGUCUCUGUCUUGUGGCUUUUCUGUGUCUCUGCCAUGUUCUCUCUCCCAUGGGGCAACGUCUUCCCGUUGUC